ACUCCUGACCUCAGGUGAUCCACCCGCCUUGGCCUCCCAAAGUGCUGGGAUUGCAGGCGUGAGCCACCGUGCCCGGCCCCCUUUUCUUUUCAAAGCAGAACUACAAAGAUGAGAAAUUACCAGAAGCCUCGCCUUUUCCUAAGCACCAGCAGAAGGAGCUGUGCCCCGGGAUGGAGUGAGGGUGGAGGGCGCGUCAGCCACGGGUGGGCCUUGUGUCGCCUUGUAUCGGCCCAGCCAGGAAGCUCAUUUGGAUGACCGUGGCAGAGGCAGAUCCCUCCUGGAGCCCUGGCCACCGUCUCUCCUGGUUUGACUUGGCCCUGGACGGAGGGUGAAUCGUCAGAUCGCGUACCUUGCUGUGGACAUUCUUGCCCAUUUCCUCCCUCCAGGGGAGCCGAGUCCUCUGAAGCCUGAGAAAGCUGGUUGGGAAAACAGGAGGAAUCACGCACGGGUCUCCUUGUAAAGAAUGGGCCAAGUGUGGGAGCUGCGUAAACCCAGCUGGUCCCAGGCUCAAGGCUUCUCUGGGAAUGCUGCCAGAGUCUCCCUUAGGGGUCGGGGUGGGUGGGAUGAAUGUGGCCGACCUGAAUGUGGGAGAUGGCAGGAUUUCUGUCCAUGUAUCGUGAUGGCCUCGGAGGAAAGGUGGGUUCUCUUAGCAGCUGCUUACCUUUGGGGCAGAAGGAACAAAGUCCAGCGAGGGGGUUGCCCUAAGUCACUGCAGCUGGAUUCUUGACACCAGAAUUCCCCUUUUGGAGUAGGUCUGUAGCUUCCUUAAGACCCGUGGGGAAGGUUUACUCCAAAGGUUCAGGUUUAUACGGUGACUGCUUUGCAGGAAACCGUUAGGGAAGAAUCACUUCUGAGUGUCAGGGAUCGAUAGUGAGAGGUCGUAAAGGCCACAGAUGCAGGCGAAGUGGGUGGCAUGAUAAUCCCCGCCAAGCAGCUCCACCUUCAGAUUCUUGUUGCUAAUUGGAAGCAGGUUCAGCACCAGCUGUGGCAUAUUCAAGGGCUUCCUCUGGCAGCCAGGAAAACCAGGCCCUGCAGGUGGAGGCUGGGGGCGGCUGUGAAAACGCCACUCUGGAGUUCCCAGAUUUGUGUUUACCACAGUGACUUCCAGAUCCCAUCUACUCAUCCUCACAACAGCGAUGAGGGUUUUUUUUUUUUUCUUUUCUUUUUGAGACAGAGUCUCGCUCUGUCGCCCCGGCUAGAGUGCAGUGGCACGAUCCCAGCUCACAGGUUCAAGCCAUUCUCCUGCCUCAGUCUCCCAAGUAGCUGAGAUUACAGGCGACACCACCAUGCCUGACUAAUUUUUGUAUUUUUAGUAGAGACGGGGUUUCGCCAUGUUGGCCAGGCUGGUCUCGAACUCCUGACCUCAGGUGAUCUGCCCACCUUGACCUCCCAAAGUGCUGGGAUUACAGGCGUGAGCCAGCACAGCCAGCCUGUUGUUGUUGUUGGUUUUAACCUGUCUCCCCAACAUUAAAAAUCUGUUUAAGAAAAAGGGUAUGUUUUCCACAUUGAAUUCCUAAUUGGGAAAAAAAAUAUUAAAAAAAGAGAAAAGGGUAUGUUUGGGACCGGCACAUACAGCAGAUGAAAACCAGCUUCUUUUCCAGAACGAGGUGACUUCCUGCUCUUGCUUUUCGCCCCUUGGUACGUCCUUGAAAUCAACGGCCAUCACUUACCAGAACGCAGGGAGCGAGUGCUGUGUUGGCAUCGGCCAAGCUUCAAAUAGUAAUUUUCAGCCAGACUUUGUUUUUUCCUGUUGCCUAAUUAAAGACACUGAAAAGCUGUUCUCCCCUCCUGCUGCCUUGUUCUAGGACAGCAAACUGAAUUCAGCAACAAUACAGACGGAGCCGGAUGUGGCCCAGGAGCAGAUCCGCGGGACCUAACACGGUGUUGCCCCGUGCAGCUUAGGGAGGAAACGCAAUGUGUGAGAGGACACACGUCUAGGAACCCUGCACACUGGGAAGCGUAGUACCGGGAGGGCCCUGAGCGAGGGCACACGCUGUUGACGGUGCCAUUGCCCCGGGCAGGCCCAUGUGUUGUGCACGCUGUGGGUGGCUGUGCACACAGGCCCGCAGGUUCAGGAGUAGCUCUGAGCAGGGGGCUGUGAGCUCAGAGGAUCUUUCCAGUUUGCCCCGAAGCAGCUGGAUGAGAGAAGUGGGCACUUGGCUACACCCCUCACUGCUGCCGCCAGCAGACGAGGGCACACGCCCUGCUUCCUCCAGGCUGCGGCUGCACAAGGGAAAAUUCUUUGGGAACAAAUAGCUGUUGACCAGUAGCUUCAUUAGUGCUGGGACUAUAACAUGAGGGCGUUCUAGGUACACCUCGUAUGUGAGCGCAUGAAGACGGGUAAGUAUGCCUACUGCCAUUUUUCAAGGCAUGUGUCUCACCCCCUUGGUGCUUUGGGACACUUCCCAAGCCCGAGAAUGUUAGGAGGUUUGGGUGGAACUGCCGGGUUUCUGUUAAACGAUACACAACUCAUGAAAGACUCUGUCCCCAGGUCUGUAGGCCAGUGUGCAAUCCAGAGGAGAGAUGGCCUCCAGUCCGGAUUCCGGGUGCUUAUGCCUCACUCACAUGAGGAAGUCACCCACAGGUGCUAGAAUGAAGAUACAGUAGGAGACGUGAUCUCAGGGCCAAAAAAUCCAUCUCUCUUGAAUGUCAGAGGACAUGGAGGCCCUGCUUGGCAGGCUUGCAAGAAGCUAAAUACCUUACUGACUGACUGCGAUCUUCUUCAGUGAAUUCCUGUGCUCCCUUAACUGUCUUGUUUCUACAACCUGUGCCCAUCUUCCUACCAGGUUCUGCGGCAUGAGGAAUUUGAAGAAGGCUGCAAAGCUGCCUGUAAUGGGCCUUAUGAUGGGAAAUGGAGUAAAACAAUGGUGGGAUUUGGGCCUGAGGAUGAUCAUUUUGUCGCAGAACUGACUUACAAUUAUGGCGUCGGAGACUACAAGCUUGGCAAUGACUUUAUGGGAAUCACACUCGCUUCUAGCCAGGCUGUCAGCAACGCCAGGAAGCUGGAGUGGCCACUGACAGAAGUUGCAGAAGGUGUUUUUGAAACCGAGGCCCCGGGAGGAUAUAAGUUCUAUCUGCAGAAUCGCAGUCUGCCUCAGUCAGAUCCUGUAUUAAAAGUAACUCUAGCAGUGUCUGAUCUUCAAAAGUCCUUGAACUACUGGUGUAAUCUACUGGGAAUGAAAAUUUAUGAAAAAGAUGAAGAAAAGCAAAGGGCUUUGCUGGGCUAUGCUGAUAACCAGUGUAAGCUGGAGCUACAGGGCGUCAAGGGUGGGGUGGACCAUGCAGCAGCUUUUGGAAGAAUUGCCUUCUCUUGCCCCCAGAAAGAGUUGCCAGACUUAGAAGACUUGAUGAAAAGGGAGAACCAGAAGAUUCUGACUCCCCUGGUGAGCCUGGACACCCCAGGGAAAGCAACAGUACAGGUGGUCAUUCUGGCCGACCCUGACGGACAUGAAAUUUGCUUUGUCGGGGAUGAAGCAUUUCGAGAACUUUCUAAGAUGGAUCCAGAGGGAAGCAAAUUGUUGGAUGAUGCAAUGGCAGCAGAUAAAAGUGACGAGUGGUUUGCUAAACACAAUAAACCCAAAGCUUCAGGUUAACGGAAGACAUGAUGCAGAGCAAGCCUCUGUGAUUCCUGCCCAGCACCUGUGAGGCCUGACGUGUCAGUUCCCAAUAAAUGCUCUUCUGAUUUGUUUCCCGUACAGGCAAGGAGGCUUGGGUAGUGCAGAUUUGUGUAUUUCAAUCUUUGAAAGCUCUGAUGUAAUUUAGAAAUGAAAUCCAAUCAUGAGUCCAGGUAGAGAACGCCUGCUGUAAUCUACACUGUUGCUGGGACUGCACAUUCUGUAUAUAACUGUGUUUGAUGAGUGACAGAUGAUUGUCCAGACUAGGACAGCGGCAUGAACAUGACUUUGUUUGGGACUGCAGAUAGUUAGGGUUACCUCUGAAUCGUGUAGCUUUUAUGAGAGCAGCUGUGCAAGUAAAUCCACAUUAAUGGCUUGUCGCGGUGCCAUUCCCAGCACCUGACGAUAUGCUGUUCUAUUGUCUUAUUCUGGCAGGUUUUGACGUUUUACAUUUUUUAAAGAAAUUUUAUUCCUUGGACCAAAAGGUUUGGUUAACCACCCCCAUCUUACUUGCUUUCACAUUUUGAGUGUCCAGAGGAAACAGAAAGGAAUGAGUGUGUGACGUUGCUGCACGCCUGGCUCUGUGCGAGCUUCUUUCUGUGUAUAUAUUUUGUUUUAUUUUUUUCUGUGUAUAUUUUUAAUCCCGACAGAACAUCAUGUGAGAUUUCUUUAAAAUGGAUUAAACGAUUUCUUCAGCCUAAAUAAAAGGUUUUGAAAAUGUU